AUGAGUUCGAGCCGAGCCGAGUCUGGCCUGCCCGGCAAGCCGAAUCUUCGAGUCACCAUCAUUGCCGCCGAUGGUCUCUACAAGCGUGAUGUCUUCCGCUUUCCCGAUCCUUUCGCCGUCGCCACCGUCAAUGGCGAGCAGACUAAGACUACCAGCGUCAGUAAGAGGACGCUGAACCCCUACUGGAACGAGAGCUUCGAUUUUCGCGCGAACGAGGGCAGCAUCCUCGCCGUCCAGGUCUUUGAUCAGAAAAAGUUCAAAAAGAAGGACCAGGGAUUUCUCGGUGUCAUCAACAUUCGCGUUGGUGAUCUAAUGCCAGACAUUAGCCCAGAAGCAGAUGACCAGAUGAUCACGAGAGACCUAAAAAAAUCUACCGAUAAUCUUGUCGUCCACGGAAAGCUCAUUAUUAACCUUUCCUGCAAUUUAAGCACACCAAUUCGCAACGGACAGGGCUCCUCCAGUCGCCCAGCAGCGAGUGCCAGUACCUCCAACGUUUCGACACUGUCCGCGCCGGCCAACGACAAUCGGCCCGGGUCCUCAAUGUCUUCUGCCAACGGCAAUGGCCUCGGCGUUCCCAGUGGCUCUGUCCCCCCUCACCCUGUCAGUGCUGGCCCGACGCCAGCCCCGUCACAGGGUGGCCCCGCGCAGCCCCGACCGACCAGCCAGCUGAGUCCAUUUGAGGAUGCACAAGGUCGUCUACCCGCUGGCUGGGAGCGGCGCGAAGAUAAUCUUGGCCGGACAUAUUAUGUCGACCACAAUACGAGAACUACAAGCUGGAACCGACCUACUGCAAGUGGUACCGGGGAGAGCCGUAAUGAGACCACCCAGGCCGAGCGAGCCCGACAUCAGAACAGAACACUACCUGAGGAUCGCACCGGCACCAGCUCGCCUACUAUGCAACCCAGCUCGCCCAGCAGCAGCCCCCCUCCUCAAGCCAAUACUGCCGCUGCCGCUAGCAAUGCCGCCGCUAUGAUGCAUACCGGUGCUACGAGUCCUGGAAGUGGCGAGCUGCCACCACUCUGGGAGCAGCGAUGGACUCCAGAGGGUCGUCCAUACUUUGUCGACCACAAUACCCGCACCACGACUUGGGUCGACCCACGUCGUCAGCAAUACAUCCGACUGUACGGAGGCCAGAAUAACGCAAACGGCCAGAUCCAACAGCAGCCGGUGUCUCAACUAGGCCCUCUUCCUAGCGGAUGGGAGAUGCGACUUACCAAUACAGCUAGAGUAUACUUUGUUGACCACAACACCAAGACCACCACCUGGGACGAUCCUCGUCUCCCGUCAUCGCUUGACCAGAAUGUGCCCCAAUAUAAGCGGGAUUUCAGACGCAAACUCAUCUACUUCCGUUCGCAGCCUGCUAUGCGCAGUCUCAGCGGGCAGUGCCAUGUCAAAGUUAGACGAUCUCACAUCUUCGAAGACUCCUUUGCCGAAAUUACCCGCCAAUCUGCGACGGAUCUAAAGAAGCGUCUCAUGAUCAAAUUCGACGGCGAAGAGGGUCUCGAUUACGGCGGUGUUUCGCGAGAGUUCUUUUUCCUCCUCUCCCACGAAAUGUUCAACCCCUUCUACUGCCUCUUUGAGUAUUCAGCCCACGACAAUUAUACUCUGCAGAUCAACCCCCACUCCGGCAUUAACCCGGAGCAUCUCAACUACUUCAAAUUUAUUGGCAGAGUGGUUGGUUUGGCCAUCUUCCACAGGCGUUUCCUCGACGCGUUCUUCAUCGGCGCUCUGUACAAGAUGGUUCUUGGCAAAGCUGUAGCUUUGGCUGAUAUGGAGGGUGUCGACGCCGAUUUCCAUCGUUCACUGCAGUGGAUGCUCGAUAACGAUAUUUCGGGCGGAAUCCUGGAGCAAACAUUUUCUACCGAGGAUGAGCGUUUUGGCGUCUUGACCACUGAAGACCUCAUUCCUGGUGGUCGGGAUAUUGAAGUUACCAAUGAGAACAAGAAGCAGUACGUCGACCUCAUGGUUAAGUGGCGUAUUGAGAAGCGCAUUGCAGAGCAAUUCCAGGCCUUCAAAGAAGGGUUCCACGAGCUUAUCCCUCAGGACCUGAUCAACGUUUUCGACGAACGUGAGCUGGAGUUGCUCAUUGGCGGUAUUGCAGAGAUUGAUGUCGAUGACUGGAAGAAGCACACCGACUACCGUGGAUACACCGAAUCCGACGAGGUCAUUCAGAACUUCUGGAAGACUGUCCGGUCCUGGGACGGCGAACAAAAGUCACGUCUGCUGCAAUUCACGACUGGUACCUCCAGAAUUCCCGUCAAUGGUUUUAAGGACCUGCAAGGUAGCGAUGGUCCUCGCCGUUUCACCAUCGAGAAGGCUGGGGAGCUUGCCAACUUGCCCAAGGCACAUACCUGUUUCAACCGUAUUGAUCUGCCCCCAUACAAGGAUAUGGAGACGCUACAGCAGAAAUUGACCAUUGCUGUCGAAGAGACUAUGGGCUUUGGCCAAGAAUAA